UUUCUACAAGGAAGGACCUGCCUGGGAGUUAAAAACAUUGCACACUUGAAGUUAAUUGUAUUUGAAGAAACGAAUUUAUCACAAGAUUCCUUCGAUUCUUGGAUUUAUUUCGUGGACAUUUACUGCCGUGGCAUUUCUUUGCUGUUUUCUCCGAUUAACAAAUUGGACCUUUUGAUCUAAAAUUUGGAAUUAAUUUUAAUCAAAACUUGAAAAUGCAGGCUGGAGCUUACGCUGAGAAUGGUAUGUCACCAUAUCUACUUUGGCCCUACAUGCAAAUGUACCCUGCGCAGAAGCAGGAAGACUGGUCGCUCCACCCCGCCUUCAUGCAGACCCUACCUACCUGCCAAGUGUACUGUCGACCCCAGGGGACAUUUAAGGGCUCCCCAAAGUCUGCUGCGUUCACCAUAGAUGCUAUUUUGAGUGGGGACGGGAAAUCUCCGGAACGUGCACUGGAUAACAAGCCUUACCCCACGGGAUGUGACACCACCCCCAGACAGAGGUACACGGAGCCUGGGUACACCAGCCGCCGACACCAGCGUCUCCAGGCCUCCAACCCCUACCCCGGGCACCGUCAGGCACACAGCCCCACCCUCAGCGAUGACAAGGAGAGCCCCAACCAGAAAGACAAAACAGAGAGGAAAUCUUCAGGCAAGGGAAAGCGUGUCCGCACAAUCUUCACUCCGGAACAGCUGGAAAGGCUAGAGGAAGAGUUUGAGCGGCAACAGUAUAUGGUGGGCACUGAGAGAUAUUACUUGGCCGCAUCGCUCAACUUGACGGAAGCUCAAGUCAAAGUGUGGUUCCAAAACCGAAGAAUCAAAUGGCGCAAGCAGAAUUUUGAGCAACAGCAAGCAAAACUCGCCACACUAGACAUCUACCAAGGCGAAGAAUCCGACUCUGAAUCUGAGAGCGAAGAAGAAGACCACAAGAGAACGCCAACACACCGCACAUCUUGAAUACUUAUGGACAUCUACCUAAUACGUGCUUUCAAGAGCAACGCCCCCUUGUGGGCCCAUGGAAGAUAACUCUUAAUCACUCAAGGUGCAUAACUCUCAGUCACUGAUGACAACCUUGCACUGAUAGAUCGUGCUGGCCAAAUCGUAGGCAAAAUACGUGCAAUUGUCAAAGCUAAAUAUGCGGAACUUUGCAAGGGAGCCAUUUAUUACCUUACCUUACAAACGGAGCGAGAUUGAAAGGGUAAACCUGAUUUUUUUCGUUAUUCCGGUAUUUGUGGUAUAAAAGAGGAGAGAGAGAAAGCUUUGUUUCAACAGUGGUAAAAUGUUUGUUGUGAAUAUCUGCUUUCUAUGUAUAUUUGAUUAUUUAUUGUUGAAUAUUGUUUUGGAAUAAACCAAACCCGUUCGAU